AUUACUAUGGUUCAUAAGCAUAUUAGGUCAGAUGUAAUGCCAAAGUGUAGAUGUUGUUGUAAGGUGCUUCCAAGCUGAUUCCGACUCAGAUGGAACCUAUGUAAAACAGAACAAAAAACUGCUUGGUCCUACGCUAUCCUCACAAUUGUUGCUAUGUUUGAGCCCACUGUUGCAGCCACUGUUGAGAUAGGCUUUCAUAAUUUUGACUUUUAUUGUCUAUUUUAUUAAUGUAAUUCUUUUAAUUUGUAUUUUUUUCUGUUCUCCUCUUUUAGGUAGCACUGCUGGCAAAGUCAAUGGAUGGAGCAAAUCACUCUGUUGUGUCAGAGUUUGUGUUCCUGGGACUGUCGAAUUCCUGGGAGAUCCAACUUGUCCUCUUUGUGUUCUUCUCCAUGUUUUAUGUGGCAAGCAUGAUGGGAAACUCCCUCACUAUGCUCACUGUGACUUUUGAUCCUCACUUACACUCCCCCAUGUACUUCCUGUUGGCCAAUCUCUCCUUCGUUGACAUGGGUGUCUCUUCUGCCGCUUCUCCCAAGAUGAUUUAUGACCUUUUCAGAAAGCACAAAGUCAUCUCCUUUGGUGGCUGCAUUGCACAGAUCUUCUUCCUCCAUGUCAUUUUUGGUGUGGAGUUGGUGCUGCUGAUAGCCAUGGCCUUUGACAGAUACGUGGCCAUUUGUAAGCCUCUCCACUACUUGACCAUCAUGAGCCCACGAAUGUGCAUCUUCUUUUUAAUGGCAGCCUGGGUGAUUGGCCUUAUUCACUCUGUGGUUCAAUUGGCUUUUUUAGUAAAUUUGCCCUUCUGUGGCCCAAAUGUGUUGGACAGCUUUUACUGUGACCUUCCUGGACUCAUCAAACUGGCCUGCACAGACACCUACCAACUAGAGUUCAUGGUCAUGGCCAACAGUGGAUUAAUCACUGUGGGCUCCUUCUUUAUACUGAUCAUUUCCUAUAUCGUCAUCUUUCUUACUGUUCAGAAGCACUCUUCAGCUGGUUUAUCCAAGGCUCUGUCCACACUUUCAGCUCAUAUCACUGUGGUAGUUUUAUUCUUUGUUCCUUUGAUAUCCUUCUAUACAUGGCCUUCUCCCUCCACAUACCUGGAUAAGUUUCUGGCCAUCUUUGAUGCAUUUCUCACCCCUUUCCUGAAUCCUAUCAUUUACACAUUCAGGAAUCAAGAAAUGAAGGUGGCAAUGCGGAGAGCAUGCAGACAGCUAGUGAGUUACAGGAAGAUUUCUUAA